AUGUCGCAGGGUGAGAUGACGAUCACCUUAGAGGAUGUACACUAUCUAUUAGGUUUACCCACAAAUGGUGAAGUUAUCUUCGAUCGUGCUGGACAGCAUGGCUUGCGUCAGCUAGUUUUCCAAAAUCUGGGACUUGUUCCAUUGAUAGAGCGAGAUUUCAAAGGAGGUGGGUUGAACUUAGGUUUUUUGCGCCAUAAUUAUGGUAGCUAUGCGCAAGAUGCUAGAACUGAGCCACAACGCAUUAUGUACACAUGUGCAUUGUUUAUGCGCAUCUUGGGUGGGAUGUUGUUAGUUCACACUGCCUCCAGCUAUGUGCCAGCUAGAUUUUUGCUUUUUUUGGACGAUUUUCAACGGACGAGCACCUUUAGUUGGGUUCUGCAGUACUCACGCACCUUUAUUGUAGUUGUCUAG